UGAAAAUGCCUCAAUGAAUUUAAACAAUAAUUUAAAGAUCUAUGUAUAAUAUGACUAUUUAAACAAGAAAUCAAAGGAUAUUCCUCAAUUUGAUACAAUAUAUCUGUCUAUCUAAUAAAAUCAAUUCAUACUUUGAACAAGUGAAUUACUAUACAAACAAAAGCUAAUGACAAACCUGAACAUAUAAAUGCAUUAUCAAAUUAUAAAUCCAAUAAAAAGAUGAUACAAAUAAUGAAAGUCAUUUAAGAGAAAAAUAUCUAUUUGAAAAGAGUUGAGUAUUCAAAUAGAUAUAUUAAAACAAAGAACAUACUAUUAAUCUUAAUAUUGGGAAAUUAUUAGAAUAUCAUAAAAUUUAUACAUCAUUAUUUGAAUCAUAGAUGAC